CUCACACACACACACACACUACUUGUGUGUGUUUCACAUUAUUCAGCAAAGUACAGCACCAUCUUCUCCUUACAAAUACCCCACCCAACUCCACCUCUCUCUACACACACACACACUCUCUCUCUCUAGACUUUGACGAACAAAAUCACAAAUCAUCAGCAUCUCAUUUCUACUUGCAAAUUCGACAAUGAGCACCGAUCUGAAGUCCAAAUUUCUCGAAGUUUACAAUACUCUGAAAGCUGAGUUACUUAAUGACCCUGCUUUCGAGUUCGAUGACGAUUCUCGUCAAUGGGUCGAGAAGAUGCUUGACUACAAUGUACCUGGAGGAAAGCUGAACCGGGGUCUCUCUGUUAUUGAUAGCUACAAGUUACUAAAAGGAGGAGAAUUGGCCGAUGAUGAGAUUUUUCUUGCAUCUGCCCUUGGUUGGUGUAUUGAAUGGCUUCAAGCAUAUUUUCUUGUGCUCGAUGAUAUCAUGGAUGAGUCUCAUACACGCAGAGGUCAGCCCUGUUGGUUCAGAUUACCGAAGGUUGGUAUGAUAGCUGCAAACGAUGGAAUCAUUCUUCGCAACCAUAUCCCAAGAAUUCUCAAGAAACAUUUCCGAGGAAAGCCAUAUUAUGUGGAUCUAGUGGACCUAUUCAAUGAGGUAGAGUUCCAAACAGCUUCAGGACAGAUGAUUGAUUUGAUUACUACACUUGUUGGAGAGAAAGAUCUCUCAAAGUAUUCGUUGUCUAUUCACCGCCGAAUUGUUCAGUACAAAACUGCUUACUACUCAUUUUACCUUCCAGUUGCCUGUGCACUCCUUAUGUUCGGAGAGGAUCUGGACAAUCAUGUUGCGGUGAAGGACGUAUUGGUUGAAAUGGGUACCUAUUUCCAAGUGCAGGACGAUUACCUAGACUGUUUUGGUGCUCCUGAGGUGAUUGGCAAGAUUGGAACAGACAUUGAAGACUUUAAGUGCUCCUGGUUGGUUGUGAAAGCAUUGGAACUUGCCGAUGAGGAACAAAAGAAAGUCCUACAUGAGAACUACGGGAAAAAAGAUCCGGCUUCUGUUGCCAAAGUGAAGGAACUAUACAACGCUCUCAAUCUUCAGGGUGUAUUCGAAGAGUAUGAGAACACGAGUUACACAAAGCUGAUCACUUCGAUUGAAGCUCACCCGAGCAAAGCAGUACAAGCGGUGUUGAAAUCUUUCUUAGGAAAGAUAUAUAAGAGGCAAAAGUAGGUUGUUGUUUCUGAUUUCGACUGAGAAAAGUCUCGAGAUAAGAGGAGAGAUGAUGUCCGUACUUUUUUUCUUCUUCUUUCCAUUGUAUUCUUGCAAGUAUUGUUCGGUUUCCUAGUAUCGACUUGGUUUGCUAAUAUGCUUGUGUGUCUUUAGUAUGUGUAAUAGGGGCAUCCUUUUCGUUUGUAAUAACCGUUUUGGAGUUCUUGAUUUCGGUUGUGCAAACUUCAUGUACCCAUCGAUCGAUUUCUGUUUCUAGCCAUUUGUUGUUUGUGAUGGCAUUAAUUAAUGAUAGAAAUGUUGCAUCUCAC